UGACUGCGUUUCUUCACAGCAGGGACCGGUAAGGCAGAACUUUCGGUCCAACUCUGCGCAGACAGCUAGGAAACCACCCGGGGAAGGAAGCAAGGAAAGAAGGACAUCAUCAGGAAGUUUUUGCCAUCUCCUCAAAGUCGAUGCACAUUUUCAACAAAAUGCAACCAGGCGUUAACGGGUUCGGAUGUUUGGGGAUUCUGGUGGCGCUGGCCGCCUGCAGCGCGCCCCUGGCUCCGUUAGACGACAUCGUGAUUGAAAAGACUUUCGUUCCAGAGAAGUGCGCGCGCGCCGUCAAAGUUGGGGAUUACGUCCGGUACCAUUACAACGGAAUGUUCCCGGACGGCAAAAAGUUUGACUCCAGUUACGACCGUGGCAGCACCUACAAUGUAUUUGUGGGGAAGGGUCAGCUGAUCCAAGGGAUGGACAAAGCUCUGGUGGGCAUGUGCGUCAACGAGAGACGGCUGGUUAAAAUCCCGCCGCACCUCGCCUACGGAAAGAAGGGAUACGGCGAGAUCAUCCCGGCGGACGCCAUCCUCCAUUUUGACGUGCUGCUGCUGGAUGUGUGGAACCCCGAGGAUGGCGUGCAGAUCAACACCUACCACACUCCCGCCAUCUGCGCCCGCAAGGUGGAGGUGUCCGACUACGUGCGCUACCACUACAAUGGCACGCUGCUGGACGGGACGCUUUUUGACUCCAGCCACACCCGCAUGCGGACGUACAACACCUACGUGGGCAUCGGCUGGCUGAUCUCCGGCAUGGAUCAGGGCUUGCUUGGGAUGUGUCUGGGCGAGAGGCGCAUCAUCACCAUGCCGCCGGCGCUCGGAUACGGCGAGAACGGAGACGGUAGCGACAUCCCGGGUCAGGCGUCCCUGGUGUUUGACGUGGUCCUGCUGGAUCUGCACAACCCCAGCGACACCAUCACCAUUAGCAACCAGCAAGUGCCUGACCCAUGCCCCCGGAAGUCGGUGGAAGGAGACUUUGUGCGCUACCACUACAACGGAAGCCUCCUCGACGGAACCUUCUUUGACUCCAGCUACUCUCGCAACCGCACGUACGACACCUACGUGGGUCGCGGCUACGUGAUCGCCGGCAUGGACGAGGGACUGAUCGGCGUGUGCAUGGGUGAGCGGCGCACCAUCACCAUCCCGCCACACUUGGCCUACGGCGAAGAGGGCACCGGCUCCAAGAUCCCCGGCUCGGCAGUGCUGGUCUUCGACGUCCACAUCAUCGACUUCCACAACCCGUCGGACGGCGCCGUCGUGACGGUCACGAGCAAGCCGGACACUUGCGACAAGCUGACCAAGAAAGGCGAUUUUGUCAAGUAUCACUACAACGCCACGCUCAUGGAUGGAAGCCCCCUCGACUCCACGCACAACUACGGGAAGACGUACAACAUCGUAUUGGGCGCCAACCAGGUGGUGCCCGGGAUGGAGGAAGGAAUGUUGGGAAUGUGCGUGGGCGAGCGGAGACACCUCGUCGUCCCGCCGCACCUCGGCUACGGAGAAGACGGAGUUAUUGACGAGGUUCCGGGCAGCGCGGUUCUUGUCUUCGAUAUCGAGUUGAUGGAAAUGGAGGACGGACUCCCUGAAGGCUACAUGUUUAUCUGGAACGAGGAGGUGAGCGGCGACCUCUUCACCGAAAUGGAUACGGACAAGAACGAGCAGGUGGAACCGGCCGAGUUCAGCGACUACAUCCUGCGGCAGGUGAAGGAAGGCAGAGGUCGCCUGGCGCCCGGUUUCGACCCGCAGCGCAUCAUCGACAACAUGUUCAAUAACCAGGACCGCGACAGCGACGGUAAAAUCACCGCUGCCGAAUUCAAGCUCAAAGCCGACGAAGCCGCCUCGCAUGACGAGCUAUGAUGGGACUCGCAGGCGGCGGGGAAGCCCAAGGGUUUCGGGGAGGGUCGAGUGUCAUCUCAAUUGUGAGAUUUUACGUCAGGGUGAAGAAGCUUUCUCGAUCCGGGAUCGUUUUAAGGUCCUGAAGGCCGUACGAAAUUCACGAAAAGAAUGUCCUCUGACAAAUACUGUAACUGUUGGUUCUACGUUUAGUUUGUUUUGUUUACAAAAAGUGCGUCAGUGUGUUUGUGAGUGUGUGUGUGAGUGCUUGUGUUGUAUGUGUGUCAUUGCCUCUAUUUUACAAUGCAAGUACCUACUUGGCUCUAGUCUAUAAGAACAAUUUUAGUCCUGAAACGAGUUGGUACCGUGCGGCGAAAGAGCCAAUCAUAUCACUCCAUUAAUCAUUUGUCAUCGGAGUUUCAAUGUUUUGUUUUAAACUCGUCUACUUUUAUUAUUAGUGUGUCUUACGUGUAUGUAUGACAAUUGGUAAGUGUUAGGUUCUGAGCCCCCCCCGCCCUUUUGGGCCCACUUGAACCAAUCAUGCAAUUGGUGCAAUGACUGAUGACUUGUGUGUUUUGUUGGUUUGUCUUUUAUAUUUCAAGAACAAAGUCAUAAUGUCACUAGAAUAAACACAAAAUCUGAGGACAAAAAGUGUCUUUUUGAAAGAAGUUGUAAUAUUACAAGGAUGACAUAUUACCAGAAAACUCCAAUUACAAAAAAGGUCAUAAUAGUGCUCAAAUGUAUCAGUGUGUUGAAAAAGAAUUGUUGGACAAAUAAAAUGUCAGGGAGACUAACCGUG